AGAAAGUUCUGGAAACUGGUGAGGAGGAGGGGUAAACAUAGGUGGCGAAACACAUAGGGCAGAAAGAGUGGAGGAUGUAGGUCAGAAGGAAGCACAACUGUUUUAUAUUUCUAAACGUGUUUAUUGCCUAACUAACAGACCCAGAACCCAGCCAACGACACAAGUAAUUUCUUCUCUCUCACAGAAAUCUGAGGUUUCAGCAAUGGACUCUCUCUCAGCAUCAAAUGGUAGCUUUACUCUCGGCCUUUUCAAAAAGCUAAAUGAAUCUUUUAAAGGCAAAAACAUUUUCUUUUCCUCUUGGAGUAUCUCAUCUGCUCUGGCCAUGACUUAUGUGGGUGCAAAAGGUAACACUGCAACCCAGAUGGCUGAGGUGCUUCAUUUUAAGAAAACUACAGGAACCAGAGGCUGUUUGCAGGUGACAAGAACUUCUCGUGGAAGGCCAAAGAAAAGAAAGACGGAACCCGAGGACUGCAAAAGUGAAGACAUUCAUUCUGAGUUCCAGGAAUUAAUUUCUUUAAUCAACAAACCCCAAACUUCUUACUUGCUUAAAACUGCUAACAGACUGUAUGAGGAACAGACUUUCCAAUUCCUUAGUGGAUACGUAGAAUUCGUUAAAAAAUAUUAUAAUGCAGAGCCACAAACGGUUAACUUUGAAAAAGCUGCAGAACAAGCCAGAAAAGAAAUCAAUUCCUGGGUUGAAAGCCAAACUGAGGGGAAAAUCCAUAAUCUGUUGCCUAGAGGUGCUGUUGAUCCCAACACCAAACUGGUCCUGGUUAAUGCCAUUUACUUCAAAGGAAAGUGGGAAAAGAGAUUUCUGAAUGAAAACACGUCUGAGAAUCCUUUCAGAUUGAGCAAGACCAAGACUAAACCCGUGCAGAUGAUGUUUCUGAAAGAUACAUUUCCAAUAUGCUACUUGGAAACAAUGAAGGUCAAAAUUGUUGAGCUUCCAUAUGUCAAUAAUGACCUCAGCAUGCUCAUCCUAUUACCAGAUGAUAUUGAGGAUAAAUCUACUGGUCUGGAACAGCUAGAGAGGGAAUUGACCUAUGAGAAAUUAUCCAAGUGGACCAGCGCAGAAAUGAUGAAGACGACUGAAGUGGAGUUGUUUCUGCCCAGGAUCAAGCUGGAAGAGACCUAUAACCUCAAGUCCACUUUGAGCAGCAUGGGGAUGAAAGAUGCCUUCACUCCGGACCAAGCUGACUUCACAGGAAUGUCUGAGCAAAAGGAUCUGUUUUUGUCGCAAGUUUUUCACAAGUCCUUUGUUGAGGUCAAUGAAGAAGGCACUGAGGCUGCAGCUGCCAGUGCAGUCGUUGUAACAGUGAGAGCAUCUGUAAAUGCUGUAAGAUUUAAGGCAGAUCACCCUUUCCUCUUCUUCAUAAGGCACAACAAAACCAAGAGCAUCCUCUUCUUUGGCAGAUUCUGCUCCCCUUAGAAUGUGUUACUUUCUACUACCACAUAGCAUCAUGUGUUCACCAUGAAACUGGGAAAUACAAAUUGAAGCCUGAUAUUCAACGCAUAGGUCUAGUUUGCGCUUUUAGUUAGAGCUCUGAGCAUGAGCUGCCUCUGUCAGGAGUAGCCUCAGAAGUAAUUGUGCCUCAGACACACACUGAAGCACAUUUUCUCCUGUGCUCCUCUGCUGCACUUAGGGGACAGUAAGCUACUGCAGUCCAUUAUAGAAUGCAGCAUACUACUCACUGCACUGAGCCUGCUCUCCUGGCUAGUGUUAUGGGGGCCAGAGUCAUGGCUCUGUAGCCUCUGUCCCUCCCCACCCACUUGUUCACAAGACAGGAGAAUGCACCUGGCGUUCAGGCCAUGACCUUAUCCCCAUGCCUGCAGACAAGAUGGGGGCAGGUCUAAAGCAGACAUGCAGAAUGAUUUUGGUGGGUGAGAGGCUCUUAAUCUCUGCUACUGUUGCCCAUGGACACAUUAGACCCUACUACAGUCAAGUGCUUAAUAAUUAACUCUCUUAUUCACAGGUAUUGCAGGUCUGUAUACAAAGCGUAAUUGAAAACACAGUAAGUCCUGUUUGCAAAUCCCAAGCACAAAGCCAGUUAAUGAUAGUCAACAUUAACUCUGAAUUUCGUAUUUUCGUAUCGUGCCUUGAGUUGUAUUUAUGAAGUUUUUUCCAUCCAAAAUAUAUUUUCUUUUGUUCUUUCAGAGUGUUAAAAUAGAAAUUUAACCUCCUCACAUUCUGUCCACAACAUUCUAUUUGGAACUAGGCCAUUCUGUCUACAUGACAGAUGCUGGACCAUUUAAGAGUCAGUCUGCUGGACAUACAUUGUACAUUCAUAAGUGCUAAAAGACUUGUUAAAUCAGUAACAACACUGCUCAUAGAAACACAGGAAAAUCAACAUUAGGCCAAAUCUUCCCCCCAUUGAUUUCAUUAGGACUGUGAUCUUGCUGACUGAAAUGUUAUCACAUAGAACGUGAUGAGUUUGUUAGAGAUCUUAUUGUCUGACAUGUAAUAAACUUGGAAGUGUACAAAAACGUUAACUAUCUUCAGUCUAAAUUUUCACUUUGAAAAUUAUCGUAAUUUCAUAAAAUCUAAGGCAAAAGCAUGUGAAAUUCAGUGCUCCCUAGAGGCUCUUUAAACUAAACAUUUAUAUUUACUAAGACCAUACUUUACCUCCCUAAGGGCCCAAUUCAGUUUUUACUGAUGUCAAAGGAAGGACUCGGCUGAGGCACUAAACAUUCUGCCAAUGCUCUCUGACAAUGUUGGCACAGAAUCAGUGAACUGUCCUAGCCUCCCCCGCCAGUGAAUUUAUUAACUUACUGUUUUUAGAGGGCUAUGUAGGUGUGUCAUGUUGCUCAUACUAAUAAUUCUUCCUGUGCCUCAUCUUUUGAAAAUGUUUGUAAAUUAGAUUGUCCAACAGAUCUGAUGAGGACAACUGAUAUGAAAACUUUCAUCAGCAUGCCUCCUAUCUGACUAUAAUGCUUAUCGACAUAUGAUCUAACACCUGCAGCAUUCUAACAACAGUAAUGUUAAUGUAAUUACUGGUUGUAAUUUUCACCCAUUCCUAGAUACCUGUAUCAAUAAUAAGGUACAAAAAUAGGCUUUCAUUUCAAGAAUGCAGUUUAGCAAAGAUAUUCCUGUUAUUUACACAAAUUCUAAUGUGCUUUUAGCUGAUAUUUUACUCCAUAACUCUAGUGUAUGACUUGCACUUAGAGCAAUAAAAAAAAGAUGAGAUUAUGUUUCUACAAUUCAAAUUGAUGAUUUAGCUGAUUAUGGACAGUGGGGGCUUUUGGGGGGCUGGGGGAGUUGUCAGUAUUGUUUUGUUAAGCUAUAAUAUUCUAAGCAUUCUUAAUAGUCACUGUAUGUUUUCAUUGUUAUCAUUCCAAAAUGAUAGUCAUUUAACUAGGGUUGAUUAUGCCCAGUGCUUAAUUUGUAAUGAAAGAGGUGCCGGGGCUCAUGCAAUUUUUUUUUUUUUUUGCAUACGUAAUCGCUGCAGUAAGCCUAAAGAUGCCAGAGCGAUGAACUGUCAAACCUAGAGGUGCCGGGCUCAACCCUGGCACAAAUUAAGCACUGAUUACGCUUAGCUGAGACUUUUAAAAAUACCAUUGUCUUUGUAUGCAUUAGGCUGCACAAUGAUGUUUAAAAUCAUGUUAUUUGAAAUGUUUGCUAACACACUUGCCAAACGCAUCUCCUUUUCCUAGUCUAGACAGGGCCUUAGUGACUUGCUUCUAUGAAUCUGCCAGGAACAGCAUGUAUUAAAUUUAACCCUAACAGAACUCAAACCAGCAGAGAAGGCAGUAUGUGCAAGCUUCCCUGAACAUAACUAGCUCACUAA